UAUUUUCUCCGCAUCGCCGAUCUAAAAAUUGGGUAUUUUCAUCCAUAAAUCCCCGAAAGUCUCUUCCUUUGAUCGCCGGAAAAGUAUGGCGGUGCCGGUGCUUGGUGGGUUCCCGAUCUUUCUGGUAGUGAGGGUUUUGGGUUUCAUCAUCGCGGCUAUGGUUCUGACAUGGACUGUUCAUUACAGAGGAGGCUUAGCUCUUUCUUCCGAUAACAAAGAUCACAUCUUUAAUGUUCAUCCAGUGAUGAUGGUGAUUGGACUCGUACUCUUCAAUGGUGAAGCAAUGUUAGCGUACAAGUCAGUUCAAGGUACAAAGAACUUGAAGAAAUUGGUUCAUCUUACACUGCAAUUCUCAGCAUUUAUUCUAAGCCUAAUCGGAGUAUGGGCGGCUCUUAAGUUCCAUAUUGACAAAGGGAUCGAAAAUUUCUACAGUCUCCAUUCAUGGCUCGGCCUUGCUUGCCUCUUUCUUUUUGCCUUCCAGUGGGCAGCAGGGUUUGUGACUUAUUGGUACCCGGGCGGUUCAAGAAAUAGCCGAGUCAGCUUGAUGCCAUGGCAUGUGUUCUUAGGGAUUUACAUAUAUGCAUUGGCCUUGGUGACUGUAACCACAGGGAUUCUUGAGAAGUUGACGUUCCUGCAAGUGAAUCAGGUGAUAACUCGGUAUUCCACAGAGGCAAUGAUAGUCAACACAAUGGGCGUUCUCGUUCUUGUUCUUGGCGGUUUUGUGAUCCUCGCUGUGGUUACUCCGGUCAAUGGCAAAGAUCAAGUUCUCACACAAUAGAGUGAAGCCUCAAAAAGAUCUCUUUUAACAUUUGGACUAUCAGAACAUAUGUUCCUUUUAGAGACGAUUUGUGUAACUGAGUUUUUUCUGAGUGAUUUUACGGCAGUGCA